AUGGGCGCUACCAGAAGAAUAAAAACCAAGCGGCGGACAAGAGACUAUGACCAAGUCUGCGCAGACAUUGGCUCCUCCAAACAUCUUACCCAAUACAAGCGAACCAAAACCGCAGAGGACCUUCCGGGUCUAGGCAGGCAUUACUGCGUCGAGUGUGCGAAGUGGUUUGAAAGUGAUUACAAUCUGGUGGCUCAUCGGAGGGGGAAGAAUCACAAGCGAAGGCUCCGUAUCUUGAAGGAAGAACCACAUUCGCAGAAGAUUGCGGAAGCUGCUAUUGGAUUGGGGACGGAUAAUUGGACGCGGGAGGGGAAUGCUAAGGAGGACAAUGUGGAUGCGGAGAUUGUCGAAUGA